AUGCCAAUGUCAAUUCCACCAGGCUCUAUGAAUACAAGCGCCACACCUGUCCCUCACGCUGGUACAACCAACAAUUUAAUGUACAUACCACAAGUACAAAAUCUGCCGACAACGUCGUCAGCGCAAACUGGUAAUUCGCAACAAGCACUGACAACUCCUCCUCCUUGGAUCGUAAGUCUCUGUGAACAGAUCGCUCAGCUUACCUCCACCACUUCUGAAAUCUACAAACGAACUGAACGUCUAGAAACAAUAGAGACCAAGAUAUGCACGAUAGAAAGCUCACUUAUGAAUCUACGUAGAAGUGUCGACGCCGCCAACGAGAGAAUAACUAAGGUAGAACAGAGUUGCCAGUUCAUGAGCAAUACUUUUGAGGAGAUCAGAAGUGAAAAUAACCAGCUAAGACAAUCUGUAAAUGACUUAAAAGAAACUGAAAAAAUAGCCAACGACGAUAUAGUUCACUUAUCCAAAACUGCAUACCAAACACAAGAUAAAAACCAGAGAUUGUAUGACGAUAUUUUGUACUUACAAACUCGAUCAAUGCGCUUCAACCUUCUUUUCUCUGGACUUCCUGACCAAGGACAAAACGAAAAUACAGAAGAGGUGGUAAAAACAUUUAUUAAAAAGGAACUAGAAAUCACUGAGGACACCCCAAUCCAAGUAACUCAUAGACUUGGUCCAUACAGGCAAUCCCAAUCAAGACCAAGAACAAUAGUGGCCCAUUUCCAGCAGUUAAAAGAUAAAGACAAAAUUAAAAUGGCUGCAAAAACACUUGCUGGAAAGCCUUUUGGCAUCAACGACCAGUACCCCCGGGAAAUAGCCGAGAGAAGGAAGGAGCUAUACCCUGUGUAUAGAAAGGCCAGAAGGUAG